CGUCAUUGCAAUAGUGAAGAUGGGGGCAGCUCGGCUACUCCUAGCGAGGACUAUGAAGUUAUAUUAGUUCACACGACAGUGAGUAACAGGGGACCAACAUGUGUCAUCGCCACUGAGCAGUGUUCCCGCAUGCCUAGAAGAACUACGAUAUCAUAUCUAACUAGUGAGCGUACUGGAGCGUCUCAGCUCUGGGAUGGAGACCAUGUGGGGAUCUCACGUACCUGCAGAGAUCCUUUGGAAGAUACUUAAGCACGUCACGGACGCUGAAGGACCCGUUCCAUUCCUACCCAGAGCGUCGACGGUUUCUCGGCUCUGGCACCAGGUGGCGUCGGACGAAUAUCUUUGGCGGACGUGCACAGCCGUCGAAUUGUCGCACAAGUCGAUUAGAAAAGAGCCUGAUGUACUGAGCUGGCUCUUCUCACAUCGGCUGAACCUACGGCACAUCACACAAAUCAACCUAUCUGGCUGGAAUUGCGAAGGCGGACUCAAUUUACAGGCCAUCCUGGAAGAAUGCGAAGGUCUGGUCAGCAUAAAUCUGUCACACUGUAGAGUCAGCACCUCCACACUGGAACAGCUUCUAUUCACAGCCAACACUGCGAGCACACUCAAAGAAAUCCAUUUCUCACAGAUGGUAUCAGAGUCUGACAACACGUUCAUGAACUUGCUGAAGAAGCUGUUCAAGACGAGAGGAAAGCAAUUCACACAUCUUAGCAUUACCGGCUCCUCUGUGUUUCUCAGCAACAUGAUGUUCAGCAUAAUAGCAUACUGUUCCAAUCUACAGCUGCUCGACAUUUCCUAUCCACGCUCGACCCCCUACUCAUCACACAGUUGUGCAGUGAUGUUCAACAUCGACAGGUUCCAAGACAACUGUCCGCAGCUGAAAGUGUUCCGAGCCACAGACAUGUUCCUGGAACCUUCCAGCAGACUGAUUCAGUCAAAUUGGACAGGUUUUCCAGAAUUACAGGAGUUUUGCAUUCCUGGGUACAGACGAACCACCGGCCAUGGAGAGCUACUGCUACGAUUUUUGCGGGGCUCGUCAAAGCUGAAACUGCUAGAUGUCAGAGAAUGCCUAUUCAACAUGGAAUCCCUGCAACUAUUAAGAGGCUGUGCUAUUCAGUGUCUAAACUUGUCGCGAUGCGACUUGAAGGAUACGACGCUAAAGCAGAUUAUGACUGCGUGGGUAAGCAGUUUGCUUGAACUGGACAUAUCAUGGAACAAGUUCAGUGAGGUGGUGCUCGAGAGCUGCCUCCAGACACUGGCCUGUGAAGGGAGCCAACUGCGAACACUAAAUUUAGCAGGAACCAACGCGAACCCGUGUGGCGUAAGGGCUGUGCUGGAAAAAUGCAGAAAGCUGAAGUCACUUGGCCUUCUCAACUGUCCCUCUUUGACAAGUGAUAUCAAGCGACACUUUCAAGGAAAAGUAGAAUUGGAGGACCUAAGACGCUUGCUAGAUACAGAAGCACACUGUUCUCACUAAAGAUGAUUAAAUGGUGGUCAUUGCUUGCAGCACUUAUAUUUGAAUGAUAAUAAUUGUCACGUGAGAAAAUGAUUGAUGUCGUUCUGCUAGUGCAAUAUGAGACUAUAUUACACUGGUAUAUAAGUCUUGCAACAGGGCAAUUGCUUUGAAAUUAACAAAUCAUGUUGGCGUGAUCAUUAUGAAUGUAAAUGUGAUAAUUCUGAUUAAGUCAAAAGUAGGAAAGUAGUAUUCAGUUUAGUUCAUAAAAGGUGUUAUUUUGCUAUGUACAUAAAAAUAUUAUUAAUAAUAUAACACGUUUUUUUAGGACAGCA